AUGCUCGCCGCCAUCCACCUCAACGACGACCCCUCCGCCCUCACCCUCAACGACCACCCGCCGUCCCACCCCCGCUUCGACGUCCUCUGGGCCGAGCUCCGCGUCCUCCAGGCCUCGGGCGUCCGUGUCCUCGGCAUGCUCGGCGGCGCGGCCCCCGGCACCUUCACCCGCCUCGACGGCUCCGACGCCCAGUUCGAGGCCUACUACGCCCCGCUGCGAGACUUGGUUCGCCAGCGCAGCCUCGACGGCCUGGACCUCGACGUCGAGGAGAACAUGUCCCUCGGCGGCGUCAUCCGCCUCAUCGAUCGGCUGCGCGCCGACUUUGGCCCCGGCUUCAUCAUCACCCUCGCGCCCGUCGCCAUGGCCAUGCUCGACGCGGAGAAGAACCUCAGCGGCUUCGACUACGAGGCGCUCGAGGUGCUGCGCGGCCGCGAGAUUGCCUGGUACAACGUCCAGUUCUACUGUAACUGGGGCGACGCCAGCAACACGUACAUGUACGACCUCAUGCUCGGCAAGGGCUGGCCCCCCGAAAAGCUCGUCAUCGGCCUCGUCACCAACCCUGCCAACGGCGCCGGCUUCGUGCCCUGGCACAUGCUGUCCGUAGUGCUAGCAAUGCUAAGGCGUCGGCACCAGAACUUUGGCGGCGUCAUGGGCUGGGAGUACUUUAACGGCUUACCUGGUGGCGCCGAGCGCCCGUGGGAGUGGGCGAGGGACAUGACCUCGGUCUUGCGGCGCGAGGCUCUCGAGACGCCGCCGGUCCAGCCGCCUCCACAGGAGCCUGCAGAGCCUCCGCCGAUACCCCCUCGGCCAGCUUCCUUGACAACGGCGCCGGUGGGGGAGAUCGAAGCUGAUCCCGAUCGGGCGGAUGGGGCAGCAGCGGUCGUGCCCUCGCCCUUUGACUAUUACUCAGAUGGGCCUCGGGAUGAUUGA